GGGGGGGUCAGGAAGCCGGGAAAGAACGGCCUGGCUCCGAGGCCACUGAUCCGAGAGUCCACGUCCUGUGGGAGGGCGAGCGGCGGGUGAGACUCGAGACCCGAACUCUUAAGCUUGCUGGCAGAAUAGAAGCAAAUUAAACUGAAUGCUCAUCAGCGCUCAGCUCAGAACAAACGACGACAUGGAGCUUUGAAGGUGGAAGUAGCAUGGUGUCGGCCAUGGGUCAUCAGGACACAGCCAGACAAUGUGGACCACUUUCUUCAAACUACGAGUCUUCUGCUGUCUGUUUGCAGUGCUGAUGGUGGUGGUGUUGGUCAUCAAUAUCACUCAGGUGGAGUACUUGGACCAUGAGACCCUCUCAGGGACGUUCAUCGACAGCAGCGGGCAGUUUGUUUCCUCGCAGGCAACAGGCCUUAUCCGGAAUCCGUACUGUGGUUAUGAACACCAGACCCUGUCCAGUCAGGAACGCUUAGAAGAGGAUGCACUGCUUGCCGCCUCCAAGUGGCAGGUGCCUGAUGUGGACCCGGUCCCCUUUGUGAAGAGCACCGACCCUUCGUCCAGCUACUUUGUCAUCUUGAAUUCUGCAGCCUUCUUCAGGGUGGGGAGCCAGCUGGAGGUGUUGGUUCACGUGCACGAUUUUCAAGGGAAGCCCAAGAAGUACGGUGGAGACUACCUGCAGGCCAGAAUUCACUCGCCCAAACUGCAGGCGGGGGCCGUGGGCAGAGUGGUAGACUACCAGAAUGGGUUUUACAAAGUGUUUUUUACCCUGCUCUGGCCUGGCAGAGUCAGGGUGUCCAUAUCUCUGGUUCACCCCAGUGAAGGCAUCAGAGUUCUUCAGUACCUGCAGGAAGCCAAACCAGACAGGGUCUAUUUCAAGAGUCUCUUCCGCUCCGGAAGGAUAUCAGAAACAAUGAAGUGCAACGUGUGUCUCCCGGGAAGUCUUCCCCUGUGCAACUUCACAGACCUCUACACUGGGGAGCCCUGGUUCUGCUUCAAACCAAAGAAGCUGCCCUGCAGCAGCAGAAUCAACCACUACAAGGGCGGGUACAUGAAGGGUCUGCUGUCUGCUGCCGACAGCGCUUUCUUUCAGAGUGGUGUCAAUAUCAAAAUGCCGAUCAACUCCAGUGGACCUGACUGGGUGACUGUGAUUUCCAGGAGAGUAAAAGAAACUGAUGACCUAGACAUAUCUCAAGGUUCAGGAACUUUUCCUUCUGGAUAUUUCUACAAAGACCAGUGGAAGCCCAGGAGGUUUAAGAUGCGCCAUUUUAACGACCCUGAUAACAUUACAGAAUGCUUACAGAGAAAAAUGGUGUAUUUGUUUGGUGAUUCAACAAUCAGGCAGUGGUUUGAAUACCUCACUAUGUUUGUCCCAGAUUUAGUGGAGUUUAACUUGGGUAGUCCCAAGAACGUUGGUCCCUUCCUUGCAGUGGAUCAGAAGCACAACAUCUUGCUCAAAUAUCGCUGCCACGGUCCACCUAUCCGCUUCACGAGUGUCUUCAGUAAUGAGCUUCAUUACGUGGCAAAUGAACUGAAUGGGAUUGUGGGAGGGAAGAACACAGUGGUGGCCAUAGCUGUAUGGUCCCACUUUAGCACCUUCCCCUUGGAAGUAUACAUCCGGAGGCUCAGGAAUAUCCGACGAGCAGUGGUCCAGCUCCUGGACCGAAGCCCUAAGACUGUGGUUGUCAUCCGGACAGGCAAUGCCCAAGAGCUGGGGCCUGAAGUGAGCCUCUUUAACAGUGACUGGUACAACUUUCAACUGGACACUGUCCUUCGGAGGAUGUUCUCAGGGGUUGGAGUCUAUCUUGUUGAUGCCUGGGAGAUGACCUUGGCUCAUCAUCUACCCCACAAGCUGCAUCCCGAUGAAGUGAUUGUGAAGAACCAGUUGGACAUGUUCUUAUCUUACGUAUGCCCCUUGGAGACCUAACUGACUUCAAGUACACUAAAGGAAUUGCAUUCAGUGACCUUUCCAAUUGACUUGUGGUAUAGAAAAUUUGUGAUUGACUUUAUUGUGAGGCAGAUACUAUCAACAUGUUGAACAUUUCAAAAAAGAGCUGUACUUUGCAUAAUGACUUGUAAAGAACUUAGGCAGUAUAGACUGCAUCUGUAUCUACCUAUAGGACUUUUCUGUCUUGACUUAGCCAUCGUAGAGCUCUGAUUAGCAGCAUCUACACACUGUAUUGCCCUUGUAACCAAAGAAGCUAAUGAGUGUGUUUGAACCAGCUUCUCCUGGGGUGGAGAUUCCUGUGCUAAUGCCUACAAGAAGUGGUUUGAGUAAACAGAAUGGAUAGAUUUGGUUGGCAGUACUGUUUGCCACUUACCUGGUAAAGGAAAUGGGACAUGUCUUUAUGAAUAGCACAAGGAUCCCUCCUCAGGAACAGAGAGUGUUUAUUGUCAGAGGUUCCCUGGCCAUGCUGAAGACUGCUGUAUCUCAGGAGUUUCUAUUGACUUUUUUUUUCCUGAAUUACUUGUAAAGGCCAAUGUGUGUGGUCAGAAUUUUAUAAUAAGGAUAUUAACAAUGUCCUGCUUUUAUCUAGGAAAGAAGCAAAACAGAAGAGCAAAAAUCUGUGCUUUGGAUUGGUGUUCACAUUUGAUAAUUAUUUCUUACUUGAUUCAGCUAAGUUUUAUGUGAUGAAUACUUAUUCUAGAAUAACAACUUUUGGAAAUAAAUAUGUGAACAGAA